ACUUGGCUCGGUAAGAGGAUGUACAGCGAUCGUUAUGCAGAAUAUUUUACGAGUAAUCGUAUCUCUCAGCGUUGUCGUAAUAUUUGUUGUAAUCGAUGCAAAACCCUGGUGCGGUAAUUAUGGUUGUGGUGAUAGCGCAUAUGGUGGCGACAGCAGUGGGUAUGGUAGUGGCAUAGGUGGAUAUGGUGGAGGCAGGGCCGGUUUUGGUGGCGGCUAUGGUAGAUUUGGUCCCCCAUCCAUAAACGGUGGAUUUGUUGGAGGUAGAUUUGGUGGUCAAGGUGGCGGUGAAAUGACAUUUGGCGGUGGAAAACCAAAUUUUGACAUCAAUGCUUUGUUUGGAGGCUUUGGUGGAGGGCUACAAGGUCGCGGAGGGAGACGACCCGAAUAUGACGACGAAUACGAAGAAGUUGAGGAAGAUGAGUAUAGUGACUACACUUUCCAACCCCGUGUUUGUAGGGGAUGCGCGAUCAACAAUAUAGGGAACGGUCGCAAUAACAAGAACUCGUUUCACUUACAUAGACAUUGAAUAUUUUAGAUUCAUUAAUUUAAUCAUAAUGUAACCUGCGACUAUCCUUCACGCUCCAUUUAAUAAAUAAAAUA